GAUGUCACCGGUCAUUUACGCCCCGGAAAACUAAAAAGAGAAUUUUGGGAGGCGAGGUGUCACUCUCACCUCUCUCUCCGGCUACAACUCAUCUUUUUUUUCUCUUGCCAUGGGCGCCGGGGCAAGUGGGGGGAGCGAGGAGGAUGGGAGAAAGAAUCCUUUGAUCUCCACAGAGGGAUCGUGUAUCAAGAAUCUGUAGGAGAAAUUGGUGACUCGUUUCUUCCUCCCCGAACGGUUCUUGAUGGAAACCCCCAAGAAGCACGGCUCGUCGGAAAUCUUGAACCUGGAUAUGUAUCUUCAGAGACAUAAAAGAACAAAGUUAGACAAUGAGGAUAAUAACUAUCGGUACAAAUCUGAGGUUGCAGCUUUAUGUUCCGGUUUUGAGAAAAUCAAAGAAAAGUCUUCCUCCAAAGUUAUAGAUUAUUCAAAUCCAUUUGCUUUGUCGAAUCUUCUGGAGAGGUUGGAUGAUGGAAUAUAUGGAAGUGUAACCAAAGAGUAUGAAACUCUCCAUUCUAAGAGGAUGCAGGUCAUCAAGUUCUUGUCCACAUUACCGCCAUCACUUGCAAAUUCCUAUCCAAGUCUAUUAUCCAGCUCUCAUCAUGGGAUAAAUACUUGGUCACACCUAUCAACCAGAGGGAAUCAGAAUUCAGAUCGACGUGUUGAUAGUUCAAUAUCUUCAGAUAUAAUUGAUUUGGAGGCUGACUCCAUUGAUGCUGCUGCCAAUACUUCCAUGAGAAUGUCUGCAGAAAAAACACAUGAGUCCAGUGUUCAGAAUAUCUUAUAUUGUGCUGAUUCUGAUUAUAGGAUGCAUAGGAAAAUUCCAGAUGUUGCAAAUGGCCCUUCAGAUUCUUGCCCUAAAUACAAAGAAGGGAGAGACAGUACAUCUGUCAUAAUUCUUGAUUCAGAUGAUGAAGAUGCAAUCCAGCAAACAGGAAGUCAACAUGCUUCCCCUUCUGGAAGGAAAUCUUCUGAUCUACGAAAACUGAUAGGAGCUCGACUUGAAAGCCUCCAAAGGCAGGCCAUGAUAACACAAGAAACUCAUUUAAACCAGAUAAUUCCCUAUGACUAUGGAAGUAAUAAGUUAGAUGGUAGUGUUGCACUUAGAGAAAAUUGGCAACCAUCUGUUCAAUAUCAAAAGGUUGUCCUACAGAAAGUUCCUGAGAAGCAGCGAUUUCAGGAUCUUGUGAAUCAAGAUUAUGCAGAGAAGAGAGGUGAAAGACAAGAUGGCAAAGCUCUUGCUCUUGAAAUGACUACGGAGAAAAAAACUGAUGUAAACUCCAUGCUUGUUUCAUCUGCGGCUAUGCAAGAGCAUCCAUCAAUCAUGGGUAUCUGCCAGAAAAAUGAGGCAGAAAACUUAGAAAAUGAUGAGCAUCAGCUAGAUGAUCUGUGGAAAGAAAUGUCAUUAGCUAUGGAGUGCUCAAAGAGUCCUAAAUAUGAUGAGCCAGCUGCUGUACAAGAAGAAGAAGAAGAAGAAGAAGAAGAAGAAUGCAAGCAUUCCCCCGUAUUGCAGGAUGAUCUGGGCAUUGUUUGUCGUAUCUGUGGAGUUAUUCAAAAAAGUAUAGACACAAUAUUUGAAUACCAAUGGGCAAAGGCCCCACGGGCAGCAAGGAUUCACAUGUCCGGAUCAAGAAACACCAAGGAUGUAGAUGAAACAUUUCAAUAUUUCGGACAUAAAAUUUCAGAAGAUUUUAUGGCAGCUGACAUUUCUAUCCAUCCAAGGCAUUUGAAGCAAAUGAAACCACAUCAGUUAGAAGGCUUUAAUUUCUUGGUUAGAAAUUUAGUAAAUGAUAAACCAGGGGGUUGCAUUCUGGCUCACGCCCCGGGAACCGGUAAAACUUUUAUGCUCAUUAGUUUUGUGCAGAGCUUUUUGGCCAAGUAUCCAUUUGCCAGGCCCUUGGUCGUGCUUCCCAAGGGAAUUCUGCCUGUAUGGAAAAAAGAAUUUCAGCAAUGGCAAGUUGAGGACAUACCUCUUUAUGAUUUCUACUCCUCCAAGGCUGAUAACAGAUCACAGCAGUUAGAGGUUUUACGUUCUUGGCAAGAGAACAGCAGCAUCCUCUUUCUGGGCUAUAAGCAGUUUACGAACAUCAUCUGCGACAACGACGCUAGCAAGAUAGCUUCUGCAUGUCGGGAGUCAUUGCUGAAGGUCCCAACCCUUCUCAUACUGGAUGAAGGCCACACUCCGAGAAAUGAGAACACAUAUGUGCUAGAUUCACUAGCAAAAGUGCAGACUCCUCGCAAAGUGGUACUCUCAGGGACCCUAUUUCAAAAUCAUGUUAGGGAGGUAUUUACUAUUUUGAACCUCGUGCGUCCAAAGUUUCUGCGAUUGGAUACAUCUCGUGAUGCUGUCAAUCGGAUCCUGAGCAGGGUAGACAUUUCAUCCUGUAAGCGGCUCUCUAAAAGUUCAAAGUUCUAUGAUUUAGUUGAGGAGACUCUCCAACAUGAUGACAAUUUUAAGAGGAAAGUUAGAGUGAUCCAAGAUCUUCGGGAAAUGACUGAGGAUGUUCUUCAUUAUUAUAAAGGUGAUUUCUUGGAUGAACUGCCUGGCCUUGUUGACUUUACUGUGCUAUUGAAAGUCAGUGCCAAACAAAAAGCAAUUGUUCAAACAUUAAAGAAGUUUGAAAAGUUCAAAAAAAGCUCUGUAGGCAGUGCUGUCUAUAUCCACCCUCACCUACUGGAUAUCUUGGAAAACACAGCUGGGGAUAAUAAGGUCUACUUCGAUGAUGAGAAGAUUGAUGGUUUGUUGGACUCGGUAAAUGUGAGAGAUGGGGUAAAAACUAAAUUCUUCCUUAAUAUAUUGUCUCUAUCCCAGUCUGCUGGGGAGAAGGUCCUGGCUUUUAGUCACUACAUUCUACCUUUAAAAUUCUUGGAAAGAUUGUUGGUCAAAAUGAAGGGUUGGCAUUCAGGAAAGGAAAUUUUUAUGAUCUCUGGUGAUUCGAGUCCUGAGCAGAGGGAGUUGGCAAUGGAGCAAUUUAACAAUUCCCCUGAUGCCAAGGUUUUCUUUGGUUCAAUCAAGGCUUGUGGGGAGGGCAUCUCUCUUGUGGGUGCAUCACGUAUUGUGAUUUUAGAUGUUCACUUGAACCCAUCAGUUACUCGCCAAGCAAUCGGGCGUGCAUUUCGGCCUGGCCAAGAGAAGAAGGUGUAUACUUAUAGGUUGGUUGCUGCUGAUUCGCCGGAAGAGGAAGAUCAUGAAACAUCAUUCAGAAAGGAGCUAAUAUCAAAGAUGUGGUUUGAGUGGAGUGAAUAUUGUGAUUAUCGGGACUUUGAGUUGGAUGAAAUUGAUAUUGCUAGCUGUCAAGAUGUGUUCUUAGAGAGCCCCAUUUUGACAGAAGAUGUCAAGGUCUUGUACAGAAGGUGAUCAUUUGACUGAUGCACAGGAUUGUAUGUUAGGACUUGAAUUUCUUUAGAUGACUGAAUGCAUACGACUGGUUGCAGCUGCUUGAGUAAUGGUGUUGCUCCACUACAUUAUCUUCAAAUGAUGCUUCAGAGGUAAAAUUUUGUAAAUACUUGUGAUCAACAAUUCUGUUGUCUGAAGGUUGAUCCUUGUGGAAACACUUAUCCAUUGAUAUGUAUGCAUGGAUUAGUUGGCAACUGAUGUUAAGUUGUUCACAAUUUUAGUGAGGUGUCUAGUCCUUAUUGAGAUCC